AUGGCUAACCCAAGGGGGGAAUGCAAAGCCAUAACUCUAAGAAGUGGGAAGGUUGUAGAGGAAGGAACCCCAAGCAAAGAUAAUCAUGAAGAGGUUGCAUCAAAGCAUGGGAACGAGGAUGAAGGGGAGAGCCCAACUUCACCCCAACCAAAACCAAUCUUGAAGCCCUAUGUGCCAAAGGCACCAUACCCACAAAGACUGAGAAAAGAUGGGAAGGAUGGCCAGUUCUCUAAGUUCCUAGAGAUCUUCAAGAGGUUCCAAAUCAACAUACCGUUUGCUGAUGCAUUAGAACAAAUGCCACUCUAUGCCAAGUUCUUAAAGGAGCUUAUAACCAAAAAGAGGAACUGGGAGGCAAAGGAAACCAUAGUAUUGACUGAGGAAUGCAGUGCCAUCAUACAGAAGAAGCUACCUCAAAAGCUAAAAGACCUAGGGAGUUUUCAAAUUCCAUGCGUCAUAGGGGACAUCACUAUUGAGAAAGUUUUGUGUGAUUUGGAAGCUAGCAUAAAUCUUAUGUCCCUAACCAUGAUAAGAAGAUGA